GAUGUUGGUGGAAAAGGAAUUUAAUCAGUGCAGUUCAGGCAAAAGGCAGGAGGUGACCUGCAUGUGUGUCCAGGUUCUGUAUGAUCCCUAUUACAGCAGUGCCUCCCACAACUGGUAAGGCACAAGUAAAAUGGGAACUCCUAAUUUCUCUAGCAGCUAGAAAUGGCACUUGGGCAGGAAGAAGGUAAAGAAUGAGAUGAAGGGUAGAAACUGGAGUCUUUAGGCCACGGACCCGAUGCUUAUUUUGCACACGGCUGCUUUGGAUGAAGACAUUACUGUAUCCACAUUUGCUAGCAGAAGGAGUUGAGUGAAUGCUAAUUACCUUGAGCUGGGCUAGCUUAAACAGCUCACAGAAGUGGCAUGAGCUAACUCUGAUGACACUGUCUGAGGUGGUAAAAAGAAAAUGCAAGUGAUAAUGUCUUCAUUGUGCUCAUCUGGAUCUUAAUGAGGGCAGGCAGCUGAGGCUUUGUCUCAUGCACAAGUCUCUUGCCUGAGUGCUCUUACUCAAGAAGAGGUCAGUGUGACGAUACAGGAUUUUUAUCUCCAGGGUCUCUAUUUCCUUCCCUUGAAGAGGGGUCCCUGCGUAGGAGGGCUAUGAACACAUGCACAUGGACCCCUCUGGUCCUUGGAAAAGUGGCAAGCUUUGUCCUCAUUUUUUUUCCUGCCUUUUUUAGAGAGAGGAAAAGCAGCUGGAGCUGACCCUGGAGGCGCUUAUCAGCCAGGUGGCCGACCUGAAGAACUCCUUGGUCAGUUUUAUCUACAAGCUGGAGAACGAGUAUGACCGGCUCACAUGGCCUUCAGUUCUGGACAGCUUUGCAUUGCUCUCAGGACAGCUGAACACCUUGAAUAAAGUGCUAAAGCAUGAGAAAACCCCACUAUUGCGAAACCAGGUUAUCAUACCCUUAGUGCUGUCUCCAGAUCGUGAUGAGGAGAUCAUGCGGCAGACAGAGGGGCGUGUGCCAGUGUUCAGCCAUGAGGUGGUGCCUGACCAUCUUCGAACUAAACCUGACCCUGAGGUGGAGGAGCAGGAGAAGCAACUGAUCACAGAUGCAGCUCGAAUCAGCCCUGAUGUGGCGCAGAAACAGAUCCAAAGUCUGAACAAAAUGUGCUCAAAUCUGUUGGAGAAGAUCAGCAAGGAGGAGCGUGAAUCUGAAAGUGGAGGUUUACGACAGAACAAGCAGACUUUCAACCCUGCAGAUACCAAUGCUCUGGUAGCAGCUGUAGCCUUUGGGAAGGGACUGUCAAACCGUCGACCCCCUGGCUCAGGGGCAUCUGUCCAAUCAGGUCAACCAGGAGCUGGUGCAAUCAUUGCAGGGGCUUCAGGCAUGCAGCAGGUCCCAAUGUCAGGUGCACCGGCUCAGCAGCAGCCAAUGCUGGCAGGAGUGCAGAUGGCACAAGCAGGACAACCAGGAAAGAUGCCGAGUGGCAUAAAAACAAACAUCAAAUCUGCCUCAAUGCAUCCAUAUCAGAGGUGAGCUGAGAUGAACCAGACACAGGGAAUAGCAGUUACCAUCAUUGUUCCUGCUGCAGCCACCACACCUGGAUUCCUUCUAGGACUUCGGAAUCUCUUCACAUACCCACACCGUAUCCAGGGAGCUGGGGAUUGAGAGACCCUUCCCUGGGUUUUAUUUAGUGCUAGGUGGUUUGUGCAGAGCUGCUAGUGGCUAUGUCUCCUGGGGAUGAGAACUCCCCUGUUCAGCCAGAGCAAUGGGCUUUACUUCUGGUAUUGAUCCCAUCUUCUUCAGGUCUGGUUGAGGGUGUUCCUGCUCUUUCCUGAUACAGAACCUGAAGAGCUGCGUGGAGCGCUCUUCUCCUGGUUGCUGUUUGUUGAUUCAGAAAAUUUAUUCCCUCUUGUCGAAUAAAGACCACGUUCUGUA